AUGCAGUCAGUCAGUCAGAGCAGCAUGGACUCGGCAGCCGCGCUUGCGCCAUACAGCGCACUUCUUAACAGCAACCCCAACACUAACUUCGGUGAAGUCAGGGCUAUAUUGAACCUGACGAAGAACCGGACGUUUCUCGAAUGCAACUUCGGUAUUGAGUAUUGCACUUCUAAAAACAUUCUCCCUAAUCUUCCAAGGCUUCGCGACCAUUCAGAUGCACGAGUACGCGAGCAAGCCGAGGAUGAUUGGAAGGACUGGGGCACAAGAAUCCAUAAGGCCUACCAAGUCUGGCAAAGCGGAGUUGAGGGUGGACACAUCCUCAACAACACCAAGCUACUUUCCGCCUUGAAAGAAGUCGACAUAUAUACUAAUCUUAUCUCCUAUCGAUUCGGGCGCUCCAUGGAGCCGGGCUCCACGUAUGACGCAGUCAUGAAGCUUUCGUAUGUGGACGAGUUCUUCUGGAGGAUAGACGAAACGGUCAAGCAACUCACCGAGCAGAGCAACAAGCUCACCAAACAGAGUGAGGCCCAAGGGAUCAAGAUUCUCGAGCAGCAGUCCAGCAUCACCAACGCCAUGGCCGCUCAAAGAGCAUGGCAGUCGGAGAAGAAGAAGUUGUCGGACGAGACCGAUAGCCUUCGACGGCAGUUGGAGAAAGCCAACGAGAAGCUCAAACUGUCCGACACGUAUCGGCAGAGCUUCGAAGAGGCUGCACAAAGUCGAGAUACCUGGCAGGAAGCCCAUUCUCAAGUGGUGGCCGAACUAGAACACGCGACUAUAAAGCUUGAGGAUAAACAAAUCGAAGUUAACGACCUCCAGGCCGACCUCGAAAGCUCCAAAGAUAACGUUCGUCUUCUGGAAGCGGAGUGUGCGAGGACAAAAGACUACGACAAAGUCAAGCAGCAGCUCGGUGACGCUCGCGCCGAAAUCAGCGGGCUUCGAUCCAAUAGCAAGCGCGCUCAGGACAAGAUCAAAAACCUUGAGGCUGUUAUCGAGGAUCUUCGCACUCAGAAGACCUGCUCCCUCGAUGAUCAUGCCGAGGCUCCGGGAGCAGGAGUGGACCUUGAUGAGCCCCAGGGACAAUGCGACCCAGUGCCGACAGCAGGACCUCACCUCGGACCUGAGCACUUCGACACCAAUCAUCCGCAGAACCUUCACGCGGAUCGUUGCUCUAUCGAAGAUGACAUCGACAGGACGGCCAAUGAGGGAAAGAUGAACUUGGCUCUGCAGCACUCUGUGUCUAAGGGAAAGGGAAAGCAGAAGCCAAGCGACGAGUUCCCAGCGCUGCCCCAGCACUCGGAGAGCAAGGUUGACAGCGAGCCUCCUUUGCCUUUCCGUGUCAAGCCGGCUAAGUCGAAGUCGGGGAAGAAGGGCAAGGAUUUGCAAGGAGGUGGGAAGUCCAAGAAGAAGAAGAAGAAGAAGAAGGGUAAAGGCGGAAGGGAUUGUAUAGAGGCUAAGGUUGAGAUGAUGGAAGCUUGCUCUCACGAUGGUAGCUCGAGACUGGCUUAG